AGCGGGAGACGGCGAGAGACAGCGAGAGGGAGCGAGAGGGAGCGAGAAACAAUCCAUCAGGAGCGGAAUUAAACCGACGGUUUGCGGUUGUGCGCGCGCGCCGCGGCCGUAAAUCCGUUUUCGUACCGGUCGCGCGACUGCCGUGUGUCGUGCGCGCGGUACGACGGGUUUUUUUUUUUUUCCAUUUCUUCUUCUUCUCUUCCCAAAGACCGCGAACGGCGACGCGUCGCGUGUACGCACUGUCGCCGCCGGAAUGUGACGGGCGUUUUCGCGGCGAGUACAAACUCCCGUUCCGCCCGCCGUCCCACGCCCGAAACGGGGAGGGGGGGAUCUCGGAUGCCCCCACCCCCCGUCCGAACCGGCCCUCGCGCCGUCCGCGUUACCGCGGUGUACGCAGGACACGACGGUAUUGCGUUGCGAUACAGAGUUAAAAAAACCCAGGGGGUUCAUCGAAUGGUUCCUUUUUUAAUAACAGUUUUAUUUCAAGACACACGGCUGUUUUAAUUCAAUUUCAUUUCUUUUAAUUUUAACCGUUAGAAACCGUGUUUUUCGUGCUCGACCGUACCAAGUGACCAAGAACCAUUUUUGCCUCUCCGACUCCCCCUCGAAUUCGCGAUGGCUACAAAUGUCCACAUUGUAUAUUCAAGACCAAUCCACCGAUUCGAUUUUCUCUGAACGCUAUUGUAAUGACAGCGACAUAGUAUAGGUAAGGCUAGAUGAUAUUAUGUAUUCAGAGUUCUCUUCAUCGAGUAGCCGCCGUCUUUUGAUCGCGAUCCGGUCGAUCCAUCGAUCACGCGGAUUUCGUUCGGUUUUCGUACCUGUCUCGGAUAAUUCAAGAGGAAUACAAUACAAUGACAUGGUUAUGUCGCGUUGGUUUAUUUCACUCGAAAACGCUAUCGAAAACGGCAUGGUGCUUUACUGCUACCGCUUCUUCGAGUUAAUAUUGUUCGGAAUGGAUGAAAAAAAUCAUGGUUUUUGUUUCUUUCUAAAUUGUUCAAAACGGAUUGCUUUUUUUGCGUAAAACAGUUUGAUUGAUAAAACCGCUAUAUUAUUUGACUAAAUCGCUGUUUAAUCGCGGCCGCGAAAAACAAAAUUAUCUAUUAAUCUAUUAACGUUGAUGUUAUUGCGCUCCGAAAUUAUCCGUGUAUUCCAUUCCGAUCAUUACACUCGAUGACCGUUCAUCAAAUCGGAUAUCCUGUAUGUGUUUCCCGCAGUUCGACGGACAACUGACAGAUAUGGCUGAGGCGCGAGGCGAUCGAUACUACGGUUUAUUAUAUCAUUAACAUCGAUCCGGUGUACCAUCAUUCGGAUUGAAAACUUAACGAGAAAAAUGUCGGUUUUUGUGGGGAAAUCAAUAGUUCCGGGUGUCCGACACUGAAUUACAGUAUUACCUGAAAUUUCACGAAACUUUCGAAAAAUUGUCAAUACGUUUUCCGUUCUAACGUCUCCGCUGCAAUAAACACAAUUUUGAGACGCGCGUAUUCUCGUAUACCCCGAUACUGUCGUAUUUUUUUUUUAUAGUACAGUGCGGUCACGGUACGGACAGAUGACAAUAAAACGCUGUCGAACGAUCUGUAAUGAUUAUUGCAAGCGAUAAUAGAUGUUCGACUCUGUCUCGCGCGUAACGCUCGUGUAAACGCCCCCCGUACGGUGUGCGAGCAGGACCAGACGAGUUGCCCGACGAGUUGCCGGGUAAAACUCGAUGGGCCGCGACGAUUUCGGGCCGUUCGACUCGCGAGGGUCCGCCGUCUGAAAACGCGUCGACGGUUAACAGCCGAUAAAACGCAAUACUGCGUGAUAUCACAGUGAUAUCCGUCGUGUUUGUCCGGGGCGUCGUUUUGCAAAGACAAGAUACGCGAUUGAAAAAAUUAAAAAAGAAAUUCGGGCCGAGAGCUUUUGUACGCGGGCCGGCGGGUCGCGGAGAACGCGGCCGGCCAGAAUCCGUCCGAUCCGGCCGCGCGCGCGCUGGACGGCUCGUCUGCCCGGCCCCUCUACCGCCGCUCCCGCUAAUUCCCCUCCUUGCCGAAACCCCCGCUCCGCGUGUGCCGCGCGGUUAAUAUUUCCACACAUAUUUCGCGACACUGUCGUUUACAAUGUAAUGUGAUUGCACACUCGCGACGACCUAAGUGGUUUUUCACACCGCCGCCCCGCUCGUCCGUUCCCGCCGGGGUCCCGUCAUUACCGCGGGCGGCGGCGGUACUGUUACAAAAAUAAUGGUUUCGUACCGCGCGAUUGAUUGUUUUCGAUAAACGCACUUGCCGGCGAUAAUGCCGCGGACAAUACAACGAUCGACCCGGCGGAACCGCGUCGGUAUCGCGCAUAUCAUUUGGCUUGACGCGCGCGCGCGCGCGGUACAAUAACGACAAUAACGAUAAUAAUAAUAAUAAUACCGUGUACACACGACGGGGUCGUCGGCGGGGCGCGAAAACGGUUUCGCGUGCCGGGCGUGUAAAUAACGACAAUGCAAUUUAUAUCGGACGCGUGUGCGCGCGCGUACGGGGGCGAGAGCGGCCGGGCCGGGAGUCGAACGCGCGCGGCGUACAGCGCGAGUGCGGCGCGCGGACGCACGGCGGCGGGCGGGAGCACGAGAACGGAAACGGGACACGGCCGAAUACGAAUACGAGCGGGACGUCCCGGGAUCGUUUUAAGUUCCGUACAGACGUUUCGCGAUUAUUAUUUUAUUUUUUUUUUUUUUCCAUCGGCUUUAGUCUACUCGAUAUUUUUAAUACGUUUAUUUCGUACUGCGUAGCGUUACGCGGCAGAAACGUUUUGAGAAUUUGUAUUGUUUUGUUUUUCAGUGAAAUAUUUUUGGAUCUAAUUCGAGAUUACGAACAGUACAAUACACAUAACGGACGUUUAUUGAAUGCCCCCGGAGGAUUUGGAGGAAACUGAUUAUGAGCAGUCUUUAUCUGGAAUGCAUGAUAUGAGGGGAAAAUAAAGAAGUGUACGGGGAUUCGGCUAAAGGGAUUCGAAAUAUUAGUAAAUACGCACGACAAAAAUAAUAAUUUUUAUCGUAUAUUUUAAUUUUUAUAUAUUUUCUACGAUUUUUUUGUUCCCUAUUUAUCCUUUCAAUUCAACGAUUUUCGCUGUUUUGUGUUCAAUAUUUUAUGUUCGAUUUUUUUUUUUAUUUUCGCUAUUUCGGAGGCGACCGAUAGGUACGAAUUGUUUACGGUGCACUGCAGUGAUCAAUCUCCGUGAUAAGACACUAUGAUAAUCUCGAAAAGUAUUUACAUUUUUUUUUUUUUUUUUUGGACAACAUAUAUGUGAAACCACCGCACGCUUUUGAUUUUAAAAUAGCAAUCUAUAUUAAACAAAUUCCAUAAAUAGAUGACGUUUUAGUAAAAAUUAACGUUGGUGUUGAAAUUUGUAAUUUCCGUCAGCGUUCCGAAAAGCGUGCACGCUUUCCGAGAUAACGAGCGUCUUAUCGCGAGGACCGAUCACCCUGCCAUACCGCGGUUAGGGUAUUGACAAUAUACAGGUACUUCCGCGCGAACCGAUAUAUUAUACGGAGUAUCCGACCAUGUGUUUUCCCGAUUUCGCUAUGUACCCUCCGCGUCACCGUCGGAAAACCUCGAAUUCGAAUCCAAUAGAGCGCCAUAAUAUCCGGCCCGAAAUGCGCAGCGUCACUUGAAAAAAUAAACGAUCGCACUGUAUAUAAUACGUACGCGACUCCGUCAUGUUACCAUCACACCCUCUUGCGGCGGCGUACACAUUUUCAACGGCCUCGCAUAUACGGGGGCGACAUAUUAAUGGGAUAAUGGGAUCGAUGGGAUUUUUAUGACGACGGACCGCCCGGAGCGCGUUAUUAAACGUCGUCAAUUUUCCGGGACAGUCGCGCCCGUGCGCCUGAUCCCAGCGCCACCGAUUUCCGUUAUAAUAGAAAUGUACACCGCCGCCACUAGUGUCGUCGUAUUAAUGCUAUAUGUCUAUUGCUGGGGUGCGGGGGGAAAAAAAAAAAAAAUUCAAUAUUCCUAUACAACAAGUCCAAAUAUAUUUGUGAGCGAGCGUCCGUACGUGGAAAUCAGUGGCGUGACCGCGAAUUUUCAAUAUAUAACGAAUAAAUCGUUGAAUCUUCUUCCGUGUGCUGUAGGCUUUGCUGAAACAUAAUUUAUCUUCACUUCAAACGCAACAGCGAGUAUUUUAGUUUUCGCGCAGUUUUUUACAGAUUCAAAAAAUAUUUGAGAAAAUAACAGGGUUUGACGCACACAUAGUGUUAUCGUUUUCGUGAUUUACAGUGGUGUACGGAAAAAACGCAUUGACAAAACAUUUUCGAAAGCACUUGUUUUAAAAUAAUCGAUUUAUUACUUUUUGAGACACGCAUUGUUGCAAUUUAAAUCUAAGUUUCAAUGAAAUUAAAUCAUAAAAUAAACACUCGUGGAGAGAGGCGAGAACCGUAUAACACGUAAUAUCUUCCCCUAUACCCGCAGCGCACGCCGAAUGAUUGGAAUUGAAGAAAUUUAACAAUCCUAUAAAUAUCUCUCAUCAAAUAAUCAUUAUCGUUAAACUACAGUCAAAUUCGCGUAUAACGAUGCCGUAUGUAACGAUAUUCCGGGUGAAACGAUUCCAAUCAAUGUAUUUGGUUGGUUUUAUAUGUUAGGUAUAAUACUUUUAUUCGUAUACAACGAUAUCGGUUAUAACGAUAAUCCGGAUAUAGCGAUGUUAUUUUAAAACGAAAAUUGGUUUUUAUAAUCACCCAUAGCGAUUAAUAAUACGCAUGUACAUUGUACAUUUUGUAGUAAAUUUGAUUACGCCCAAAUCGAUAAUUCUUAAUCUUAUCUGUAACAGAUAACGUGUCUUGUACGACCGUAUCGUAUACAGAAUACCUACGUUUCUUAGUCUUUUAGUUGCCGUUUUGAUUGCUAUCCGUUUAGACACGAUCCGAAUAAGUUAAAAAUGUCAAAUAAAAGAAGACGCUGUUUCACUAUUGCUGAAAAAGUGAAAAUAACUGAACGUUUAGAAAGUGGUGUUUCUAAUAACCGACUGGUUAAAAGAAUGGGAUAAGCAACUAGCAAAGGAAAAACGACAUAUCCUAUUGGCUGUAGAUAAUUGUCCGGCUCAUCCUCCUGUUCAAACUGAAUUUAUAAAGUUGGUUUUUCUCCCUCCAAACACGACAUCUGUGUUACAACCUUUGGAUCAAGGUAUUAUUAAAGCAUUAAAAGUGAAAUUUCGGAAAAAACUAGUACUGAAAAUUAUUAAUCAAGAGGAACAGGGAAAAGAUAUUAAAAUUUCAGUAUUAGAUGCAAUUUUAAUGAUUUCCGAUGCAUGGAAUGAUAUUUCUACCACUACAAUAAGAAACUGUUUCCACCACGCUGGAUUCAAGGCUUCGGUAAACNAUAUACAGUCAAAUUCGCGUAUAACGAUGCCGUAUAUAACGAUAUUCCGGGUAAAACGAUUCCAAUCAAUGUAUUUGGUUGGUUUUAUAUGUUAUGUAUAAUACUUUUAUUCGUAUAUAACGAUAUCGGUUAUAACGAUAAUCCGGAUAUAGCGAUGUUAUUUUAAAACGAAAAUUGGUUUUUAUAAUCACCCAUAGCGAUUAAUAAUAUGCAUGUACAUUGUACAUUGUGUAGUAAAUUUGAUUUCGUCCAAAUCGAUAAUUCUUAAUCUUAUCUGUAACAGAUAAUGUGUCUUGUACGACCGUAUUGUAUACAGAAUACCUACGUUUCUUAGUCGUUUAGUUGCCGUUUUGACAAAAAUAUGUUUAAUAAAUCAAUUUUUCAAAAAAAUCAUGUUACUUUUUAUGAUCCGGAUACAACGAAGUUCGGUUAUAACGAUCAGAUUCCCUAGGUCCCUAGAAGAUCGUUAUAAGCGAAUUUGACUGUAUUUACUUGUAUAUGUUUGUGCUGACAAGCCGACAACAGUAAUAAUUUUAGUUUCAAAUAUCCCCUGAGGUUAGGUUAGUUUAGCACACAAUUAAUCACUAUGAAUCACUAUACAUAUAUAUGCAUUUAUAAUGGCGUAACUAGGUGUCUUUUUUUUUUUUUUUUGGAGGGGGAGAAAAAUCAUGACUAUAGAGUAUAGGUAAGUAUACAAUUUGUAAACGUAACACGAUAUUAUUUUUUUAUUUAAUGACAUUUCAAUAUACAUUAUUGUAUCUGAACAAUUAAUUAAUCAACUUGAUUUAGCUUAAAAAACCUAUAGUUUUUUUAAAAUAUGUUCAAACCAGUUUGAAGAACAUAAAUUAUAAACUGUUUAAUUAAUAUUUCAUUAUUGGAAGAAAGGGCAUCGGAAUAAGAAAAAUGUACAUGAAAAUAAGUAAAAUAUAUAUUUUUUAAAUUAAGUCUAUUGGAGUAAAGGAAAGGACAAUGUAUUAAUAAAUGGGAAAAAUCGCAUUAACAUGAACAAUAAAAUAAACUAACAAAUAAUGAUAAUGUAACAUAUUUCCCACGUGAAAUUUUGUAUUUUGUAUAGUAAGACGCUUAAGUAAACUCGAGCAAUUAUGGAAUCUAACGAUUCUAUGAUAGGAGUGGAAUAUUAUAAGGAAGUAUCGCUGGACAGAGAAAGACGGGGAGAAAUGAGUGAUGCAGCAGUUGGUCUAUAA